CAUUAAGUGCCCGUGGCGUUAGCUGCAUCUGACGUAGUGCAGAUCAUUCUUUCAGCUGGAAUUAAGCAACGAUGUCUCCAGUUGAGUCUCUGAGAGAAUUUGUCACCGAGCGACUAACUGCUGCUGCUGAAGAAAUCUUCCGUGUUGUUGAAGAAACUAUCGCCGACUACGAGGAGGAGAUCGCUCGGCAGCGCAGACUGCUGGAGCUCGUUUGGAAACCUGAAAUCAAGUUACACAGGAUAGAGCUCCUACAGCAACAUGUCUGUAAGGAGGAGAUUCUCGCUGACCAAGAGGACCCAGAACCUCCACCGAUUAAAGAGGAACAUGAGGAACUGUGCACCAGUCAAGAGGCAGAGCAGCUUGUACUGAAGCAGGAGACUGAAAGUGACCACAGUGAAGGUCAGACUCUGACCUUCAAUCCUGAUGAUGACACUCUACAUGCAGCAGAGAAAGAGUCUAUAGCCAACAUGCCAGUUAUAACCUCUGUGGUAUCAGAAGCAAACAGUGACCACCAGCUCCUCUCUAAUGAAGCUGAGAGCCAAGAUCAGAAAGGAGGCAAGCGUGGAGACUCAGGAUCAUCUAGAAAUGCAGAGCCAGAACCAAAAAAGAGACAUCACAAGAGCAGUAGUCACAAUAACAUUGUAAACAACACUAACUUGUCAGAGAUCCACCGUAAUACUCAAACAGGUAAAAAGUCUUUCAUAUGUGACACAUGUGGAAAAGACUUUAAGUAUAAUUCAGCAUUUCAAAGACACUUGAGAGUCCACACAGGUGAGAAGCCAUAUUCUUGCAAAACAUGUGGAAAAGAUUUUGGACGUAAAAAUCACUUGGAAAUCCACAUGAGAACCCACACAGGUGAGAGGCCGUACGUUUGCAAGAUCUGCACUAAAACAUUCUGUGAUGUCUCAGCAUUAAUAAGGCAUAUGAAAAUCCACACAGGUAAGAAGCAAUAUUCUUGCAAAACAUGUGAAAAAGAUUUCGGACGAUAUGAUGAAUUUAAAGACCACAUCAGAAUCCACACAGAUGAGAAGCCGUAUGCUUGCAAAACAUGUGGAAAAGGUUUCAGACAUAAUAGUACAUUAUUGGCCCACAUGAGAACCCACACAGGUGAGAAGCCCUAUUUUUGCAAAACAUGUCAAAAAGAUUUCCGGCAAUAUAGUGCCUUGCUGGUCCACAUGAGAACCCACACAGGUGAGAAGCCAUAUUCUUGCAAAACAUGUGGAAAACAUUUUCGACAAAAUAGUGCAUUGUUGGUCCACGUGAGAACCCACACAGGUGAGAAGCCAUACAUUUGCAAGACCUGCAGGAAAAGAUUCUGUGACCCUUCAGGCUUAUUUAAGCAUAUGAGAGUCCACACAAGUGAAAAGCCCUACGUUUGCAAGACCUGUGGGAAAAGAUUCUUUGUUGAUUCAGCAUUGAAGAGGCAUAUGAGAAUUCACACAGGUGAGAAGCCGUUUUCUUGCAAAACGUAGAAAAGAUUUUGGACAAAAUAGUGGUUUGUUGGUCCACAUGAGAACCCACACAGGUGAGAAGCCGUACGUUUGCAAGACCUGCCGGCAAAGAUACUGUGACAUUU